UUUACUAGGGAUUGGUGGAUUUGCAACUUUUCUGCGCUACAAUGGUGAGAGGAGAGCAAUUCCAAAAGGUACUUGUUUUGCUAUUUCCUUAUAUUUCUUUGAGUGACUCUUACUGUUUACCCAAGAUUUUUUCUUCAGUAGGGAGUAUUUGGUCUGAGGAUUCAUGCUUUCAUAAUGAUUGGGGAUUGCAUUUAAAGAGGUCUAUUUAAACUUGGGCUUUGAGUGUGUGGAAGAAAGUUAUGUAAUCAAUCAUAUCUGUGUGGAUUUCAAUCAGACGUUCGUUGUACUAUAAUCUGGCCUUUUGGCACAUAGACUGGCAAACCACUGCAGCCAGAAAAUUAACAAUUGUAUCAUUAGUUUACCUGUGCAUUCUUGAUUUAUUUAUUGAAUAAGAAAGAACUUUGCUUUUAUGUAGACUCAUGAAAGAUAGACUAGUAAAGCUUUUGGGAAGACAGAAAAUGUAGAAAUUUAUCCAUAGAGCCUUGAGUGUUUCUGUUAUUGUUUAUACUGGAAGGAGGAUGCUCACACAUUUUUGUGUAUUUAUGUCAAGAAUACCUUUUUGCCUUUUCUAGAUGGUAAUUUAUUUGAUCUUGUGAUCUGGCCUUGUAAAUAAGCAUUGAAUCUGCACUUGAAGGGUGAACAUGUGUCCUAGAUUGUUAAGAUAAUGAUUGAACUUAUAGAACUGGCUGGCCCUUUCUAUGACUGGUUUUGAUUUAAAUCUAUGGGAGAUGACUUAUGGACCAUAUCAGAUUUCUAAUACUACUUACGCAAAGCAGUUCGUACUCAUUUUACUGAUCUAUUAUAAAAAAUUAUCUUUGCAUCUAUAAAAUAGGUUUAAUGAUCUCUGAGAAUUUUAUUUAUAGCAAUGCUUACCUGAUGUUUUAUCCAACUAUACAAGCAGAGAUAUUAAGUUCAGGCCAGGGCAACUGCAGUUUUAGUAAUGCUGUGGCUGGUCCAAUCAUUGGUGGUCCAUUCACUUUAAUUAAUACAGAAGAUGAGAUCAUCACAGAAAAGAAUUUUCUAGGGAACUGGGUUCUCCUUUACUUUGGCUAUACAUCAUCACCUGAUGUUGGACCCGAGCAGGUCAAUUUGAUGGCAAAGGCUAUAGAUAUAUUAGAAUCAAAAGAGAAUCUUAAGAUUUUACCUGUAUGUGUCACAAUUGACCCUCAUCGUGACACACCUGUGCAACUCCGCUCUUACCUUAAAGAGUUUGACUCAAGAAUAGUGGGAUUGACUGGUCCUGACAAUGCUGUAAGGCAAAUGGCACAAGAAUAUCGUGUUUUCUUCAAGAAGGUUGAGGAGGAAGGAGGAGAUUAUCUUGUUGAGUCUUCCCACAACAUGUAUCUGAUGAACCCGAAAAUGGAGGUUGUAAGAUGCUUUGGAAUUGAGUACUCUGCAGAAGAACUGUCAAAGGAUAUAUCAAAAGAAAUGAAGAAAAUUCCAAGUUAAUACCCAGAAGCUCUGGUACGUUUGGGUUGACACCUUAAACUCGGAGCCUCAAACUUCAUUCACAUUUAGAUGGUUAAACAAUCCAAACAAAGUAAUCAUUCCUUUUCUCCAAAAUGUUUUUUUUUUUUUCUCUUUUUUUUUUUUUUAAAUUUUUAUUUCCGUGAAAAUUAGGGCAAAGCAUCAAAUGUGACCUAAUGAAUGAGAUGAAGGUCAUUUAACAUGAGAGGAUUAACUGAAUUUUGAAUUUUGAAGUUUGAACUCUUACAUUGAUCAUUGAGGUAAUGGUACAGUUGAAUGCAAAGUGUGUCUUCGAUUUAUACUGAACUGCUAUUUUUUAAGAAAAUUGAAAUGGAUUA